GUUGUACGUUUAUAAGAAUCUAUGGUCAGAAUGUUUAAAUAUGUUCGAGAUAUCGAGAGAGUUUAGGAGAAUUGGUGAGAUUUGUUACACGUAUUUUGAUCUACUUGGUUAUUGUGUUGUACUGAACAUCAAGCAAACAAAAUGCCAACGAAGAAGAAAAAGUAUAACGCACGGUUUCCUGCGGGUCGUAUUAAGAAGAUCAUGCAGACAGAUGAAGAAGUGGGAAAAGUGGCGCAAGCCGUACCUGUCAUAAUCUCCAGAACAUUGGAGCUCUUUGUAGAAUCUCUGCUCAAAAAGGCAAUGGAAAUUACGAGUGCUAAAAAUGCAAAGACUUUGAGUCCAUCUCACAUGAAACAGUGUAUUCUGUCAGAAAGUCGUUUUGAUUUUCUGAAAGAUCUAGUAAAAAAUUUACCUGAUGUUGCCAGCUGUGAUGGUGAAGAGGGAAAUUCACCAUUUCUUCCAAGCCCGCCCUGUGGAAACACUGCAGGUUACAUUGAUUUAAGUGUGGGCACCCGAAGACUACCUGAAACAGAUGUAAAGAAAGAGAUGGGACAGGAGCCUGUAACACCAACACCAAUUAUGUCUCAUCCGUUGCCUGUUCAGACUGUCCCAGCUGUUGUAACGAAUCAGCUGCAUGCUAAUUUCUACAAAGAAACUGAUGACUCUAGUCCAAGUUAUGGUCAGGUUCCAGUCACAUCUGAAGGUACAAUUGGAAGGGGUUCUAUCUUCCAUGUUACGCCAGCUGACUCACCUCAACCAGCUGCUGUUGUCAUGCCAGCAGUAGAAGCAAUCAAGCCUGAAAGAGUUGAAUCAAACUUGCUGUGUAGCACUGCAACAGGUAUCACUUCUGUGAUUGAUACUGUCAGCAGUAGUGAGACUGCUAUUGGUGCUUUCAAUGCCCAGACACCUCUUGUUAUACCACAGUAUGUUAAAACUGAGGUCAGCAUUGCAUUAGAUGAUGACUGUGAUACAACUUAAUAGUUAUGGUGGUGAGUUAAAGAUAACAAAUUACUGAAGAGACCAACUUCUAAUUUUGCAGUAUGUAUGUUCUUUGACAAAUGUGGUUUUAAACCAUAAAUUGCUACAUUACAGUAGGAAUACAAUCGGGCACUUUGUGUAUGUGGAACGUCAUUGAAAGUGUACACACUAUUGUUGAAGGUACUGAUCAGUGUAGGAAGAACAGUGUUCGGUAUUUGCAUAGGUCGCCUGUACAAAAAGGGUGAUCAGUAGGUUCUUCUUUCGGAUGGUGUGUUGUGGGAACAGUGCAUAAUGACAGUGAAACAUUUACUUUUAUGUUUUUUGUAUGUAGUUACUUGCAGCUUUUUGAAGUUUUCAAAAAAAACUUGUAAUAAAAAGGCAAAAGUUUCAGCUUUAGUACUGAAAUCUUUGGCACUGCUCAUUUAAUUUUAAUUGUGUGUUUGAUAAUUUUGUUGUUAAUAUUUGUCUUAAAAAUUUUCUGCCUUUUGUAUGGCUUUAUUUGUAAUAUUUUUACGUAUGUGCUCCUUGUGAAAAAUGUGGAAUAAACUUAAAACAUGUUCUGUUCGUAUUUCUGUUUUGUAAAGUUCACCGGAAUGGCUUUUCGUAUUGUUUCUUAUAUUGCAUAGUAUUUGUUUCUCGUACAUUUCAAAUUACCAAAAAAAUACAUGGAAAUAUUGCAAAAGCAUAUUUCACAUGUGUGUUUCAUUUAGGCUUCAUCUGUAAGGAUUUACAUAUGAAUAUGUAUGUAGAGCAAUCUUUGCACAUUACUACAAUGCAAUAUUCUGUAAGCUGCAUAAACUAUUAAAAUUUAUACUGUCUUUUGUAUUCAUAUUUGAAUUUGCUUUGACAUUAUCUGCCAUUAAUGGCAGUGAUGGUCCUUUUUAAUAUAAGGCUGCUGUUAAUGAAAUAUUGAGAAAGUCCCAUGAUUGUGUUUCUUUUAGCUAGUAUUGAAGACAAAUAAGAACAAAUGUUGUGCAUUCUGCACUACCAUUUUGCUUUAUAAGAGUGUGCCCAUUUCAGUUCAGAACUGAAAUAGGUCAAACCAAGUAAUUAUCUGUAACUUGCAGAGACUGUAGAAAGCAGAACGUGUUGUUGAAAUAGUGCAUUGCAGAAUACUCAUGUAGACGUGUAAUGUUUUGAAUAUCCUUUGUGUCAAAUACUUUCAGUCAUAAACAUUAACAGUACACAAAAAUACUUUGGCUGUGUUUACCAUCUUUGUUGUAUAAUUUGGAACUGUACAGUCCUUAAUGUCUUCAUGUUUUAGUAAAACAAUUGAGAAAAUUCUAGUGUAUAAUGAUUAGAAAUUUUUAUUUAUUUUUAAAAUAUAAGAAUAAAAAAAACACCAUUAAAAUUUGUAAUACUGAAUGAGCACUCAUUUAAAAGAAAUUAGUAGUAGUAGUUGAUAUCUACGUGUCACAAUGCAUCACCAUAUCAAAGUUAAAUGUGCAUAGUAUGUAGUAACAAUAUGUGCAUGAGUAUUUUUGUUAUGGACAGUAUCUGUUCAUGUUCUCCAGUCUUAUCUUAAGUGAGAAUUUUCAAGCUCUGUAAUUUACUGAGUGUACUCUCAUUUUGGGAAAAAAAUCAAUAAAACUUGUCAAUUUUUACCCAGAAA